GAAACAGUGGCUGCCAUCAGCCAUGGCUCCAAAAAAGAAGUCAAACAAAGGAGGCAAGGAGAUUCAGAGCAAGAAGAAGAUAGGGGGCAGGAAGGACACCAGUGGGUCCAAGACUCCAGAGUUGGCCAUGGUGGAGGAGCUGAAGGAAUUCUACCACAAACAGAUCCAAGACCUGGAGGACAGGCUGGCCCGGUAUCAGCGGAAAUGGGAUGAACUGGCUGUGCAGGAGAAGCUGUUCCGUCAGGAGUUCGAGCAGCUGGCCAACAACAAGAAGGAGAUCGUGGCCUUCCUCAAGCGCACACUGAACCAGAGGGUGGACGAGAUCACGGACCUGAAUGACCAGCUGCAGAGCCUACAAGUGGCCAAGGAGAUGGAGAAGGAUGCUUUCGAGGCCCAGUUGGCCCAGGUGCGCCACGAAUUCCAGGAAACCAAGGACCAGCUCACCACAGAGAACAUCGCCCUCGGAAUCAAGCUGAGUUCCCUGGAGGAGUUCCGGCUGCAGAAAGAAGAGCUCACAGAGAAGUACAUGGCGCUGGAGGAACAGCUUCGAAGGCAGGAGGGUGAAUACAAGGACUACGUGUACAACCUGGAGAAGAAGUCUGUGCUGGACAAGGACAGGCUGAGGAAAGAGAUCAUCCAGCGCGUGAACCUGGUGGCCACCGAGUUCCGAAAGGUGGCCACCAACCAGAUGUGGGAGACGACCAGGCGGGCCAUCCUAGAGAACAACAACGUGACCCUGCAGCUGUCCAAGGUGUCAAAGCAAGGUGUGCAGCUGCUGCAGGAGAACGAGCAACUCAAGGGCGCUCAGGGCAAGCUGUGCCAACAGCUGGAGUUGCUGGAGAACACACAGGAGAUCAUGGCCAAAAAGAACAUAGGGAAUCAGAAGGUUAUCCUCAUGCUGACAGAGAAGUGCCGCCAGCAGAGAAAGGGCACAGAGGAGGCAGAGCAACUGCGCCUCCAGCUGUUCCAACUGGAGCAGAACAUCGAGACUCUGGAGAAGGCCAACCAGACCCUGCGGAGCGAGAAAGACCAGCUGGACGAGCAGCUGAAGGAGCAGCGGGCAGAGGCAAAUCGGCUACAAGAGGAGCUGACCAAGGAACAGAAAAUUCGGACAAACCUUAAAACAGUGCUGACCCAGGCCACCUCCCUACUGCGGGACAUUCUACAGAUGCGACCAGAGACAGAAGAUGGUGACUUCGACGUGGUGUUCCAACUGCAGCGCAAGGAGCUGCUGCAGCAACUGCUGGUUUUGCUCAGCUCAGCUGUGGUUUCGAAACCACAGCAGGACAUGGGCUCCCACCAGGACAAGCAGCCCGCGGGCCUAUCCAAAGACAGCCGACUCAUCGCCCAGACAUCCAAGCAAGGGGCUGCCUCUCUGCUUCAGCAGCUCUCAACCAUCACAACUUACCAGCCAGGGGACCUCGGGCUGGUGCCUCGACGUCUUCAGGUCCACAUCCCACCCAAACCCCAGGACCUCAGGCCUCUCUCUUGUGUCACCCGAAUGGGGAUCUGCAAGUUACAGAACACUACUGAGAUCUACCCAUCUGGAGCUCUCAAAAGGUUCAAAAAGUUUACCCUUCCUAGACCUUUCCUACACACGGGGAGACCAAGUCGCUGCAGAAAGCCUGAUGUGGCCCCUGUCCCUCCCUGAAUCUGCAAGUGGCCUGGGACAACCCAGAGAAGUUCCAUAAACAUUGGGUACCACA